GUGCCUGAAGCGAUCACAUGAAUUGGAUUCGGAUUCGGAUUCGGAUUCUCGAGAAUGCAAUUGAGGGCGGGUGGACGGGCGUACUGUAGGGUGGCUGGGACGACUUAUCUGGAGGCCCGACCAAGUGCUCCGUACCGAGUUCGAAUCCCAUUGCGAUGCAUCACAUCGGAGAUAGAUAGGCCCCCGACACAUGGACUCCUCACCUUCCGAUCCCAGGAAUAACCCUGCAGAUCCCUUGCGACUAGUUACCCAACUCGAUAGUGCCAGGAAAAGCAACAAAGGAAGGAUGGACGGAUGGGCAGGUGGUCGUCAUUCCUGCACUGGACAUCGGCCCCUUGCUAGGUCCGUCCAAGAACGAAGGGAGAGAAGAGAGUCCAGAAGAUUACUCUGUAGAGCGAGCGAUACACGGACGGCCGUCGCCCAGAAUACCGCCGAGAAGGCCAAGAGCAGGAGGAUACGCAAGUGUGCUCAUCCAUUGGCGAUCGCCUCGAUCACCUGGGAUACGGUGUGCUUAGACGUCAAGCGGUACGAGGACCUGCACCGCACCCCCUUGGGGUUGGGAAAGGAACCGCGACUCCUUAAAUGCGUAGGAUUCAGUCCCAUUUAUCCCUUGGCAACUAUGAAGGUGUGUGUGUGUGUCUCCACGCAAUCUCUCGAUAGUGCUAUGCUUGGCAUCACCCUGAACCAGGGGGCGGCGGGGGGGGGGGUUGACAGCAACAGGCCAGGCCGUGGUAUGCCAGCCUGCCAGGAUCCGCGACGAGGAUGGCAUCAUGGCAUGGGCAGGUAGGUUUGCCGGGGUGGACUCCCCACAUUCGACGCCCUUUUCUGGAAUUGUUGGGGACCCUUGAGAGGACGCAAACCCAAUUCGGCCGCAUUGGAAACCCGACCUGUCCCGGCAGUGGUGAGCUCGCUCGGGAAGAGCUCUUGUCCCCAAAGGAUUUACCUACUCACAAUGACCUUGUGGCGCCAGGUGCACGACUCGAAAUUAAAGAUGCUGCGGGCAAUAAAGUGGUUGUUGUGUUAGCGUAGUUUGAUUGUUUUGAUCGUUAAUCCCCCAGGCUCCAAAGGCUCCAAUCCAAGGGAGGCCGGAUAGAGCAGCCCGCCGAGUUCGAGCGGAAACUUUCCAGAUCGGGGUUGGCCUCGCCCGGUGGAGCCGUCGAGCCCC